UUGCGUCGUUUGCUCAGCUCAGCUCCGUCUCCCAGUCCGCUGCAUCUCUUUCUCACACAUCUCUCUCUCUCUCUCUCUCUCUCUCUCUCAACACACCGGCCACUGGCUUGCGAAAAGAGAAGGCAAGAGCUUGAAGCACAUACAGGGUUUCCGCGUUCUUCGAGACUGGGACUGUUUAAGGACAUUCAUCAACACUUGAAAUAAAAAAUCCAUCUUUCUGUGAUUGAAAAGAUGGGAUUCGGAGCCCUAAGGUCCAUUGUGCGACCUCUAUCGCGGACCAUAAUAUCCCGAACCACAACUUCCUCGAUGACGUCCAUAGCUGCCAGCUGUGUGUGCCCAAAACCUGAACUCCCCUUCAUUUCUGGUCGCCAAGCCCCAUGGUUUUUUCCUGUCUCCAACUAUUUUCACAGCUUGACAGAUACUCGUUUUCCCAAACGUCGACCAGUCGACAAGCCGCGUCGAAAAAGGGCUAGCGUAAGACCUCCAGGACCAUUUGCUGCGGUUCAGUAUGUUCCUGGUGAGCCAAUAGUUCCUAAUAGACCCAAUGAAGGAAGUGUGAAGAGGAGGAAUGAGAAGAAGCGCAUGAGGCAACGCCGCGCAUUCAUAUUGGCAGAAAAAAAGAAAAGGAAAGCUCUGGUGCAGGAAGCUAAAAGGAAGAAAGUUAUAAAGCGAGUUGAGAGAAAAAUGGCUGCUGUUGCAAGGGAAAGAGCGUGGACUCAAAGACUCGCCGAGCUGCAGAAACUGGAAGAAGAGAAGAAAAAUUCCAUGGCUUAGUGUCACUAUGGAACCCCGUUGCAGAUUGCAGUUUGCUGAAAGUUCUCUAUUACCAACGAGCACUUGACUUGGUCUCACCGAGGUCAUUAUUUCCAUAGUGUCUCUCAAUUAGUAAACCUCUACCCUAUUUUGUGUUUUCCCGGCUGUUUGGCGGACAGUCUCUGUAUUUUGGAGAUACGCAAACACUGGUGUUCUUUAGGCCAUCUUGCUUGUUAAAGUUUUGAGUAUUCGUUUCGUUUAAAUAAGAUACAGAUUGAGCUCGUUUAUUAUCA